UUUACGAGACACGUGACAUAUUUCAUUAAAAUCAGUUUUUUCAAUGUAAAAACCCUUAUAUACAUGUCUUUAUCCCUUCGCCUCGUCACAACUAUAUUGAUCCUUCUAGUGUUUCCAUCAUCGGAGGACGAUCAAGAACUAUGGGAAAGGGCGAAACGUGAAUUGGCAGAACGUACUCGGGAAUACAUAAAGAACAACCCCAUAAGCGACGAACUGCGUUCAUUCAUAGAGGAAUUAAGCAAAACCGCAUCAGAGGACAGAAAACGAAGAUUUUCAAGGUCUAAACUCGAUAACCCAUUUAAGCAAGCCGACCAUCAGCGAAGAAAAAGGCAAGAAUAUAGCAAUUUGUAUGCGAUUAAAGAUGGAGACGUAGUUCCUCUAUAUAAGAUCGAGGAAAAUUUAAAUACCGCCUCGAAUUUGGGUGAUAAUUUUACAGUAGUACCUCUCAUUAUACCUAUUCCUUUGGAGAAUAAUAUUACACUUAAAUCAACCUCAGUCGAACCCACUAUCGAAUCAUUCGGUGGUGUUGAUGGUGGAAAAGCCAUACUGGGGCGAGGUCAGGCUUUGGCAGCUGUCCAUGCUGCCAAAAUGAAUCAAGCUGCUAUUAAUAGUGACGGAAAAGAAGCAACUGAGGAGACUGUGGUGGACAGUCUUGUGGAGGACAAACUGAAAUCUACUAAAGGAGAUGAUAGUGUGACGGCACUCAGCAGAGUACUUGAAGAUGUUCAGAAUUUAAUCAAUGCUCAAAGCAAAGGGAAGAAAUCUAGUAAAGAAGGUAAUUUAUGUAACGUUACGGGAUAUUGGGAUAGUGAAUUGGGCGGGGUGACUUUCCAUAUAAAAAAGAAAGACAAUGGUACAGCUAUAUCUAUGAAACCAACGGAGCCCCCUAGCGAAGAAGGUUUUAUUGGGGAACAAAAGUGGAACAUCAGUGCCAGAAUUCCGUUUCCGCAGUCGGCACAAGUGAUAAUUACCCUUACGGCACACAAAGGGAGAAGAGUGGCGUUGUUUUUGGGUGAGUGCAGAGUAUGCGACGGAAGUGAAACGAUAACUGGAGACUGGCUGGUGGGAAGAACAUCGUCGGAUUGCAAGGACCAGAAGGCCUCUCAUUCUUUCGUUUCCGACGUAAUGCGGAAGAAUAACGUGCAAACUUUGAGGGCGGCUCAUUUGGCCGCACUUACCAACUUCACAAGUAGCAGUACUACCGAAAUGGACUAGAAGAAAUCAAUUCGCUCUAGUCCUAUGGUUGGAACCUUUGAUGUUACAAUCAUCUCACAAAAUUGUCUCACAUUAUUGAAUCACAACUAAAAAUACAUUACGUGAACUCCCCAGAUGGCACCCAAUAUCCGCGGAGUAUGCCACAAGAAUAUUCAAUUUUCACAUCUGUUAGAUAUUCCAGCAGCAGAUUAGUUUUUUUAAUUUUUUAUAAAGUAUAUAUUUAAGUUUCAAAAUUUCGUUUGUGACCUAUAUUUAAUCGAAUAUGUAUUUCUUUUUUGCAGUUAUUAUACCAUUUUUAAUAUGAUUAUUACUUAAGUAUUUUGUUAUAUUUAAAAUUGUUAUCUUCUGGUCCAAUACAAUGCCUAUUAGUAUUUUCAA